UGUUUAAACUCCACGUUUAUCAGGGUGGGUCUUUAAACCCUCAGAACUCUUUGGGUUGUCUUGUCUAAAGUGGAAAACGUUGCGAACCAUAGUUAGGCUGGAUGAGCUACAAAUUCGUUUCAGGAAAGAAAAGAAGUCCAGGUGCCAUGAUCCAACUUGAGGGCAAUGAGGAGAACCUUCGCCGCUAUCAUGCAGACUGAUUAUUAGUAUUCUACCCGGGAAAAUGCAUCAAUGUAGCCCAAUUUUCCUUGCACUCAUUUUUAUUUUCUCUAAAGAUUUCAAACGGUUUGGCUCAAUCUUUUUUGCGUAUUUCAACUUCAAGUGUCCUGGCUUUUCAGCAAAUUGAGCUUUAAGGACGUUUGUUACAAACAAAACUUUUUGCAUAACUAACUCACUGCUCUCAGCAGCACUCAUGCAAUUAAACAUUCAACUCUUGGAGUUGUUUACCUGGCCACGUGCCAACUGAACGGGUUUUUUAUUUAUCACUAUCAAUUUAAAGAAAGAACAACCACCAGGUUGUCGCCCACCUACGUCAUGAGGUUCAUUGCGUCGGUAAAAAAAAAAAAAUCGUUUCUUUCGCCAAACGUUUCACUUCCGGGUUACGAAAGGGGGAGCACCAUCCUGUUCUGGUACCGACCCGCCGUGGCUUCUGCCCCGCCGUCAGAGCCGCUUACCUGCCCGCCUCGGACCGCGAUCGAGUCCCCGCCGCGCACCUACCUCCGUCAUAACGGACAUCAAAGUGCCGCGGGUGCUAACUGGCGUCGAUGACGCGCGGACUUCCGCUGGGCUCGAGCCUUCUACGACGAGCUGGCGGUUCUUCAUCCCAUCCUGCCCAACAUCCUGCUCCGGAGUUUAACUCACUCGGUCCUCUUGGCUCUGUCGGUCUGCACGGCGCGCGCUCAGCACGGGCCCAGCGCCUGCCAGCCCGCGGCACGAGCAGCCCCAGCCCGCGUUAACACGCCGGAGACGCAAACUCUGCACGGUCGCUGCGCCGCCUUCCAGUAUCGAGCCGACAAGUAUUCAGAGGGAGGUGGAGGGCCCCGUCACGGAGCCUCAAAGCGAGCGAUGCCCGGAUCUACGCCGGCCAGCAGCAAGGCUCGGGUCUACACCGACGUCAACACACAGAAGAACAGAGAGUACUGGGACUACGACGCACACGUGCCAAACUGGAGCAAUCAAGACAAUUACCAGCUGGUGCGAAAGCUGGGCAGAGGGAAGUACAGCGAGGUGUUUGAGGCCAUAAAUGUUACCAACAACGAAAAGGUGGUGGUGAAGAUCCUCAAGCCCGUCAAGAAAAAGAAGAUCAAACGGGAAAUCAAGAUUCUUGAAAACCUGCGAGGAGGAACCAACAUCAUCCGCCUGGUGGACACGGUCAAAGACCCAGUGUCCAGAACGCCAGCGCUCGUCUUCGAGUACAUUAACAACACAGACUUUAAGGAGCUUUACCAGAAGCUGACGGACUACGACAUCCGCUUCUACAUGUUUGAGCUCCUGAAGGCUCUGGACUACUGCCACAGCAUGGGCAUCAUGCACCGAGACGUGAAGCCCCACAACGUGAUGAUCGACCACCAGCUGAGGAAGCUCCGGCUCAUAGACUGGGGUCUGGCUGAGUUCUACCAUCCCGCUCAGGAAUACAAUGUCAGGGUGGCCUCCCGUUACUUCAAAGGCCCUGAGCUGCUAGUGGACUACCAGAUGUACGACUACAGUCUGGACAUGUGGAGUUUAGGCUGCAUGUUGGCCAGCAUGAUCUUCCUAAAGGAGCCGUUUUUUCACGGUCAGGACAACUACGACCAGCUGGUCCGCAUCGCCAAAGUCCUCGGUACCGACGAGCUCUACGGCUACCUGCACAAGUACCACAUAGAACUGGACACCCGCUUCAAAGACCUGCUGGGGCAGCAGACGCGGAAGCGCUGGGAGCAGUUCAUCCAGUCAGAGAACCAGCACCUGGUGAGUCCGGAGGCUCUGGACCUGCUGGACAAGCUGCUGCGAUACGACCACCAGCAGAGGCUGACGGCGGCGGAGGCCAUGCGCCACCCCUACUUCUAUCCCGUGGUGAAAGAGCAGGUGAACGCCAACACGGACAGCACAAAGGCAAUAAGCAGCUCCAACGCUACAUGAUACCAGAGAGCAGGAAGACUCCUCCUUUUUCUUUUUUACCUCAACCUGUGACCUUCUGGCUGCAGAGACCUCCGCCCAUAACAGCCAUACGGAGCAAACGUGUUCGGACUAAAGCCCCCCCCC